UCAGUUAGGGUUCAGCAUUUGUGUCAUGCAGAUGUAUGGUUUCUUCAUUAUUCUGCGGAUUUAAUUUUUGGAUAGUGCAGCCUAAUGUUAACUUUUUUGUGUGUUGGAUAGGAUAUCAUUGUGAUGAGCUGGUCUUGAGUUCAAUCUAACGUUACCUAGCUAGUCUUUCUCGCAGAAUUCAAAGGAAGGGAAAAGUGUCGACGGAGGCACUCAAGUCCACACGAUGAAUAACAAACCUGGGAAAAAGAAAAGCAACACAACCAAUAGGACUAAACAGUCCAACACUAAUGGGGUUACUUUCAACUCCAUCCGAAUAAAAAAAGAACCAGGAGACUUUGAACGGAAGGAAAUUGGUGACCAUUCCAAACGUCCUUUGCUGGAGAAGCAAAAGCACGUCAAGCAACAUCAAACUACGUCCAACCAAGCGACCCGGUAUAGCAAGAUAUCGAGGAGCCCUGUGGUGAUACUAACAAAAUUGUCAAACGUGGUGCUUAAGACUCUUCUGAGAGAAACUAAAGUGCGUUUGGUGAAGGAGGAGACAGGAGCCAGGAGGGAUGAAGACAACGAUGAAGUCUCUUCUCCGCAGUUCUUUCCUUGUCCACACUGCACCAUCUCCUUCACUGACUGUUACUUCCUGGAGAACCACAUCAAGACCAAACACCAGAAGCAGUACCUGGCCAUGUUGAAAAGCCACGUCUCAAAGAGUAAAACCGUGUACGCCCCCACACACAGCUGUCCCCAGUGCAGCUGCAUGUUCCAUACCCCACGACAGCUACACAUCCACACCCGCCAGGCCCACCCCUCCGCCCUUCCCCAGAAACCUGCCCGUCCCCCCAGGGUUCCGGGGAAACUCCACCCCUGCCCGCAGUGUGCCCGUAGAUUCCCGUACCUGGGCACCCUGCUGAAGCACUGCAAGAAUUUGCACAAAAUGGCUGUUUUUCGCACCGAUGGUCACAUCAGUUGUGCUGACUGUGGGAAGAGCUUUGAGAAUUGCUGGGGACUAGGGCCACACCGGUGUCAAGAACCAGAGGGCACUAAACCUAAGGACACUAAGACUGUGGUCUGUCUGGAAGUCGGCUUCCAUUGCUCAGAGUGUGGUAAGAUCCUCAGUACUCCUACGAGCCUGGACACUCACAUGCGCAUCCACACUGGAGAGAAGCCGUACGAAUGUAAGGAGUGCGGCAAGCGCUUCUCAGAGAACAGCGGUUACCGUUAUCACUCGUUAAUACACUCGGGGCUCAAGCCGUUCAAAUGCCAGGACUGCGGGAAGACUUUCAAACGGAAGUCGCUCCUCUGGACUCACCUGUCGGUUCACACUGGUGAGCGGAAGUUCUCCUGCACCCAAUGCGAUAAGCGGUAUGCAAGCAGGGCCCAUCUGAAGCUUCACCUGCGAACACACUCGGGGGAGAGACCUUUCAAAUGCACCGUUUGUGGUAAAGACUUUGCUGACAAAGCUUAUCUGAAAACACACCUGAAGAUCCACAGCAACGAGAAGAACUACCACUGUGGGGUUUGUGGGCGGGCGUUCCUGAGGCUGGGGUUGUUGAAGUUACACAUGCGCUCACAUACCGGGGAGAGGCCCUACCACUGCACAGUGUGCGACAAGAAGUUUUUUCGACUCUCACACCUGAAGAACCAUCAUCUGACUCACACGGGUGAGAAACCAUACACCUGUACCGAGUGCAGUAAAAGCUUCACUCAGUCUGGGGAUCUGUCCAAGCACAAGCUCCUACACACUGGGGAGAAGCCAUUUGAAUGCCCUGAAUGCCCCAGCCGGUUUAACCGUUCUGGUUCUCUGACCAGUCACAUGAGGACCCACACUCACCGUGAUAUAAAGCCAUACUCCUGCCAAGAAUGUGGGAAGAGCUUUUAUGAACAGAGUCACGUCAAAGUCCACAUGAAGACCCACACAGGGGAGAGACCGUAUCCCUGCCCCCACUGCCUUUUCAGCUUCACUCGGAAAGCACAUCUCUCCAAACACCUGCCUAGAUGUCGUAAAUGAUCAUGGUUGGCAUUUUUUAUGACACCUUUUUAUUACGAAAUUCAUUGUAUUCAUAGGAAUCACUUUUAGAUGAAUCCACCACAGUGAAACAAUAACGUUAUAUAGUCAUGGAAUACAUUGAUACAUUAUUAUACUGAGCAAAAAUAUAAACGCAACAUGUACAGUGUUGGUCCCAUGUUUCAUGGGCUGAAAUAUAAGAUCCCAGACAAUUUCCAU